CUGUUUUAAUUUUGCCUUACUUAUUACAGGAUCAACAAACUUCUUGCCUUUUUAAAAUCGCUGUGAAAGAGUGGCGACAAGAUGGGAGCUCGAUUAGUCCUCCGAAGACGAUUGUCGUACAAUACCAAGUCAAACCGUCGAAGAAUAUCGAAGACUCCAGGUGGUAAACUAGUAUAUUUGUACACAAAAAAACCUGGUGCAACACCCAAAUGUGGAGACUGCAAGGAUAAACUUCGUGGACUUAAAGCUUCCCGACCAAAGAAAUUAGCCAAUCUGUCCAAGACGAAAAAGACAGUAUCUCGUGCAUAUGGCGGAUCAAGAUGUGCAAAAUGUGUGCGUGAAAGAAUCAUUCGAGCUUUCUUAAUCGAGGAACAAAAAUUGGUCGUACGUGUACUCAGGGCGCAGCAAGGCAAAGGAAAAUCAGCAUAAAUUUCUGUGUAAAAUAUUUAAAAACACCAACAAA